AUGCCGAGCUCCUGUCAAGAACUGCGCGACGCCCUCGCGCAGUGCCUCCAGGAGUCGGACUGCGUCAUGGUGCACCGCAACAAGGCCUCCGACUGCCUCCGCGAGCCGCUCGUCGACACGCUCCCGACAAAGUGCCAGCAGCUCAAGAAGGGCUACGGCGACUGCAAGCGCGGCCUCGUCGACAUGCGCAAGCGCUUCCGCGGGAACAUGCCCGUCACGUACCGCUCCAUCGAGGGCGGCGGCGGCGCCGACGGGGCCGACCCCGGCAAGGGCUACCAGCUGUACGCGGGCAGGUCGGCGUUUGCGGGCGGCGUCAAGGAGACGAGCGGCAACGAGCCGAUUCCGCCGGACUGGCGCGACGUGGAGAAUGAAAAGUUUCGCCUGCAGCAGCAGCAGCAGCAGCAGCAGCAACAGCAACAGCAGGGUGGCCAGAGGUGA